UUUUUUUUUUAAAAAGCAAAGUAUUUAGUGAAGCAACUCAUUAUUGAAUGUUUAGAACAUAACAGGAAAUGUUGAUGGUAGGUUUUAGCUUAGAUUACUUUAACCCUUUUGAAAAUAACUUUGUCGUUAUUAAACUGGUGUUCGGAACAUUAAAUUAACCUGAAAUUUUCAUAGAAGGUUUUGGUUUAGUUCACAUUAAAACAGGAAGUUUGCAUCAUAGAACCAGUGGGGGUGGUCUCAUGUGGAUUGGUAUCAAAAGGGUUAAAUAUCUUGAAUUCUAUUUGUUGUAUCAGAAACAAAGAAUCAGUGGAAUGUGGUAAGGGUUUUUUUUGGUGGGGGUAGGGGGGUGCAGGGAGAGAUGUAGAUCUUUGUCAACAGUAAAAGCAAUUAUUAUUGGCAGUCUCAAAAAUUCAUUUGUUUGAUUUUUCAUAUUCCUUGAACUUUGAAAAGUUUGAGGAAUAUGAAUGAAAGUCAAGCAAAGUUUCAAGAACUGUCAGGGGAAUACACACAUGCCAUACACUUAAAAUUUAGUCUAAAAACAUAGAACUCAUAGAGACUAAAGUGGAAUGGGACAUCUGGAGGACUGCUUGUGUUAUUAGUAAAUACCUACCAAAAUUUAGACUCUUUGGACCAAUUGUCUUUCUUGGACCAAUCGUCUUUCUUGUGCCUUCAUUUGCUUGAUAUCUGAUAAAUAUAUUAAACAAAAAAAAAAUUAAAAUAAAAUAAAACAAACCCCUGAUAAUUUCCUUGGUGGAAUUCACAUUGAAAGAGCAUAAGUUUCUGAAUUUUCUACUCUUUCUCUCACACACAACACUUUUUGAUUUUAUUUUUAAACUCUCCCCCUCCCCUCAAAUUAUAAUCUGAAUUGCUAUCUUUAUUAUAAUAUCCACAUCAGUGCUUCCUUGAUUCUUUAAAAUACUCAGAUUAAAAAAAUGAGAGUGGUUUAUUUAUUAUUUUUUUUUUUGUAAGAGUACACAAAUAGGGAGCUCUGCUCUUUUGCAAAUGUUUCCAGAAAAAUGGUAUAAGCUUUCACUCACUAGGCCAAUUUUGUAAUCCAGUUUCAAUCCCAGCUCAAAGUCCCUAUCUCUCCCUAUUUAUGCCACAAUUGUAUUUGGGGUCUGGGAUGAUGAGGAUAGGUGUGAAUGUUACAAUAUCCUGUUUCCUGCACUUCCUUAUAAAGAAAAUUGAAAAAUAAAACAAAACAAAAUUACCCUUUUUAAGGUAUGAUCUAUCCCUAAUAAACCAAAUAGUGUUUGUGUGUGUGUGUGUGCGUGUGUGUUUGACACUUGCUUUUAAUUAAUUAAAAUUUAAUUGUUGAAAUUAGAUUUUUAUUCAAAUUCGUUUGGAGAAAAUAAAAUUAUGCAAUAAAAGUAAGAUUGGUAACUGAGAAAGCUGAUAAUGUUAAUUCAGUUUUAUAUUCUUGAAAGAAUAUAUUUAAGGCAGUUUGAUAGUGGUGGCCACCAUGUGUUACUUGUUUCAUAUAAAUACAAGUAUUAUAUAGUGUUGUCUGGGCACACUAUACAACUACUAUGACUAAUAUUACUUCAAUCUAUUAAGUGGCAUUACUGUUAUUUAAUGUGCCAGUGUGUGUGUGUGCAUGCAUAUGUCUGUUUACUCUCUUUGAAUAAUGGAUAGAUCUGAUGUGGUGAUGUUUUAGAUCCCAACUGCAAAAUUGUGGCAAAAAAACAAAAAAAGAGAGAGAGAAAAGUGAUGGAAGACAGCGGAGCUAUGGCUGCGACAGCUGGUGGUGGCGGUGGUGCUACAGCUGGCCAGGUAAUGACUGGACCUCAUGAAGUAAAGACUGCAGGUGUUCCUCUCAGUGAUUUUAUUCUUCAGUUAGAAGACUACACAACAACAAUCCCAGACUCCGUCACAGCCUAUUACCUAAAUCGAGCUGGCUUUGAUGCCUGUGACCCUCGAAUAGUUCGUCUGAUUUCUGUAGCAGCCCAAAAAUUUGUGUCCGAUGUUGUCAACGAUGCCCUCCAGCACUGCAAAAUGAGAGCUUCAGGUCAGAGUUCAAAGAAACAAGGAAAGGAUAAACGUUAUGCCUUGUCCAUGGAUGACCUCGUGCCGGCCCUUGCAGAAUAUGGAAUUAACGUGAAGAAGCCCAUUUAUUUUGUGUAAUUUUGUAAAGAAAAAAAAAAAAAAAAGAAAAAAAAAGCGUAACCAUAUACCCCUUCUUCAUUCCCCUCUUCAUCGUCACAUCCUCGUCACCGACAUCAUCGACAACAUCAUCAUCACUAACAACAACAACAGCAACAAUAACUACUACCUACUACCACAAAGACCACCGCCACCACCACCAUCACUUACAUCAUUCUUUCAUUUUAACAGUGGUUUAGAUUUUUUUUUUUUUUCCAAAUUUCAGUCAGCCCCUUCCCGCCUCCUCUCCCUAAUUGCUGAACAGCAACAACAAUAAUAAUAAUAGUGAGUAAACACACUGGGUGAACAGAAACUGUAUGGAAGCCCAACACAUAGAUUGUACAUGUGCAUGGACUGUUGACUCCAUCCACUGCCCUGUUUACCACCGUCACCACCAUUGCCACCACUCCUUGGUCUUUGGGUGCCUUCAGCAAAGUCCAAUCAGCUACAAGUGCUUUGAGGUCCUCCAGGGGUUCAUUAUGAGGACUGUUAUACUACUUCCUACAUGAGAUGUGGUUUCCUCAAACUAUAUAAUAUAUAUAUACGCACACACACACACACACACAUACUUACAUAUAUAUAUAUAUAUAUAUAGAUAGAUAGAUAGAUAAAUAUGCACACACACACACACACAUACAUACAUAUAUAGAUAUAGAUAUAGAUAGAUAGAUAGAUAAAUACAUAUAUAUACAUGCAUACAUACAUAAAUACAUAUAUAUAUUUGUAUGUAUAUUAUAUAUAUAUCUAUGAAUGAUUACUAAUUAGACACUACAAUAGUAAUUAGUUUAAUACCUUGAACGAAGAGACAGUUUAGUUUAGUAAGUUGGUGGUGGUGUAGGUGAGAAGUAGGGUGUGUGUGUGUGUGUGUGUGUGUGGAUUCUUGUGCUGGUGGGAAAUGCGAGAUAGGAUGUGUCUGUUUAUGUAUGUGCAGGUGUGUGUGAUCUAGUAGUGGCAGAUAGGAGGGGUUGUGUGUGUGUGUGUGUGUGUGGAGGGUUCUAAUUGUGAUGGUGGUGUUGGUGGUGGUCUGUUGAAGGACUGGCAGUAAUUAAUGGCAUUGGUGGUCCCAUAGAGAAUUAAUUACCUAACAGCAUCGAGAUAUUUGCAUUAGUUGAAGAACAGCUACAACGAUAUCAAUAAUGAUGAUAAUAAUAAUAGCAACAACAGCAAAACUAACAACAACAAUAUAUGUAUGAACUGAUUCAUUUAACAAUUGUUAAAAAAAUCUCAUUAAUAAAUAAAGAUGAUAAUAAUCCUAA